AUGGAUCUUCACCUGAGGGAUCUGCGCUUGCAAGAGGAGAAGGAAUUCCUGGAGAGCGUGGCACUGCCCCAGGCUGGUAAGGAGACCUGGGACAGAGGGUGGGGGGUUUGUGUGGGUCAGAGGAGAGGGGGGCCCAUAAAGAGGUGGGGGCGCCCCCUUUCUGCCUCUCUCUCUCUCUGGAGUUCCACUGAAAGAGCAACAGGUUGUGGAGGAAUUUUGCCCUCCGCACAGAAGUCAUGGAAGAUCAUUCUGGGAUUCCGAGACCUCCAGCUCCGCAGGCAAAAACCUCUGGCGCCUGGGACAUGAUCUGCCGGGAAGUUCUCCUGCACAAGCACGGCGUCAUGGGCUCCCGUUCAUCUCAAUGGGGCUUGUGCAGGAGGGCUCCCCGGGGGGAGAUGGGCAUGUCUCAGGAUCUUGGGGUUUGGGAGUCGGGACCCUCAAGCGCCACCUCGCCCAACCCCUUGCAAUUCCGGAAUCGCAGCUCAAGAAUCCCUGAGUGACAGAUGUCUGUUUAAAGAUCUGCAAUGGAUCACAGAAUGGUAGAACUGAUAAGCUGGAAGGGAUCUCCAAGGGUCAUCCAGCCCAACCCCCUGCGAUGCAGGAAUCUGUGACCAAGGAGAAUCCACCACCUUCCAAGGGCGCCCCUUCUGCUGGCAAGUGGCUCUUCCUAAAUCUCUUCCUGUGGGUCAGAUCUGUCCGUCACCCAGCCUGCCACCUAGGGGGUGCCCCACGUAAUCUGCCCCCCCCGACCUUGCCUUGCAGUCAAAGCAGCGACUGUCUUUGAUGCCUCUGGCUCCUUUGUCUGGAUUUCUAGGCUGCCUCCGCCUUGGGGCACAGACUCCCCCCCCCAUAGGGGCUGCCCCCUUUGGCCUGACCUGGCAGACGCUUCUGAUGUUCUUUGGAGCGUCGUUAUGUUCAACAGGUGCCUGACCCACAGCUCUUCCUGCCCCAUAGGUCUUUAAGGCAUAGGAGCCCCUACUGAGGCUGCCCCCAAAUGCCCCCCAAUCUUCAGAAGCAGAACUCCCCUCAACGGCACACCAUGAAGAGGUUUUUUGGGGGGGGGCACAGAAAUCAAGCCUGAUGAGGAGCGGUUGAAGGAGCUGGGUAUGUUGAGCCUGGGAAAGAGGAGGCUCAGGGGAGACAGGAGAGCCAUCUUCAAAUAUCUCAAGGGCUGUCCCAUGAAAGAUGGAGCAAGCUUGUUUUCUCUUGCUCUGGAGGGCAGGACUCGAACCCAUGGCUUCAAGUUACAAGGAAGGAGAUUCCGACUAAACAUUAGGAAGAAUUUUCUGAUAGUAAGAGCUGUUCAAUAGUGGAUCAAUCUCCCUCAGGAGGUUGUGGUCUCUCCUUCCUUGGAGGUUUCUAAGCAGAGAUUGGAUGGCCACCUGUCAUGGAUGCUUUAGCUGAGAUUCCUGCAUUGCAGGGGGUGGAAUGGAUGACCUUUGGGGGUCUCUUCCAGCUCUGCAAUUCUAUGAUUUCAGAAGCACGGGAAGCCGCCUUGCACUGAGUCAGAUCCUCAGUCUGUUCGGCUCCAUGUUGUCCACAGUGAUGGGCAGCCUCGGCUGUCCAGGCUUUCGGACUCAGGCCCCUCCCAGCCCCUCCAUCUUUUCCAACAUCAGGGUCUUUUCCAGGGAGGCUUCUCUUCUCAUGAGGUGGCCAAAGUCUUGGAGCCUCAGCAUCAGGAUCUGUCCUUCCAGUGAGCACUCAGGGCUGAUUUCCUUAAGGAUGGAGAGGUUUGAUCUUCUUGCAGUCCAUGGGACUCUCAAGAGUCUCCUCCAGCACCAGAAUUCAAAAGCAUCAAUUGAUGCAAAAAUCUAUCAUUUGCCCGAUAAUAAAUGUUGGAAAUGUAAAGAAACUGAAGGUACAUUCUUUCACCUUUGGUGGACGUGCCCAAGGAUUAAGGCUUUCUGGGAGAUGAUCUAUAAUGAAAUGAAAAAGGUAUUUAAGUAUACCUUCCCUAAGAAACCAGAGGCCUUUCUCCUGGGCAUAGUCGGCCAAUCGGUGUUAAAAAAGGAUAGAACUUUCUUUAUGUAUGCUACAACAGCAGCAAGAAUACUCAUCGCAAAGUAUUGGAAGACACAAGAGCUACCCACACUGGAGGAAUGGCAGAUGAAAUUGAUGGACUAUAUGGAACUGGCGGAAAUGACUGGCAGAAUCCGAGACCAGGGAGAAGAGUUGGUGGAAGAAGAUUGGAAGAAAUUCAAAGACUAUUUACAGAAAUACUGCAAAAUUAAUGAAUGUUAGAAUGAUGUUGGAUUGAAGUUAAAUGGUUUUUAGCAGCAGUGUUAUAAAGGAAUAUGUAAAAGUGGAUUGUUAACAGGUGAUAAUUUAAAGUUACAUUAUAUUAAGAUAAAAGAUUAAGAUAUAAUCAAAGAGGGAAAGGAUUUGCUAAAUUAACUAAUUUGAACUGGAAUACAAAAAAGGGAGGUGUGAGGAGGUCGGGGAAACAAGCAAAUGAAAGCUAGGAUAUGGAAAGACUAAUCUGUUUUUUAACUGUUUUUAUUUUGUACUUUCAUUUUCUAUUUUUUUUCUUUUUCUUUCUUUCUGUUUUCGCCUAUUUUUGUAUUAUGUUGAAACUUUAAUAAAUAUUUUAUGAAUUAUGGAACCCCUUCAUGGAUCACUGCCUUGCUGUGGCAAAGGGGCUUGAAUAACUCAGAGAAGCUAUGAACCAUGCUGAGCAGGGGUCCCUUUACCUUUACCUUAAAAUAAGUUACAAAUUUUAUCAUUUCUUGCUUCUUCUGGCCGCAGCUGAGGACUCGGAGGAGGCCAGGGACCCCACGGGCGAGAGUGCUCUGGACCAGUCCCCGGUGGAAGACGCCCGCAGGGGCAGCCGAGGCCACGGCAUAGUCCCUGAGCCCCUGGACUCCGAUGGCGACUGGCAGCUGCCCUGCAUUCCCAAGUCCCCCAGGUAAGCCUUGGGUGGCCAGGCCAGGUGGGGGCAGGUGGCGGCCGAGCCGGAGAGGAGAAGGACAUGAGAAUAGGCUGAGCUGUUGUGGCUCAUAGCCAUCCACACAUCCUCUUCCAGCUUGUGAUUCUGGGAUGGCCACCAACUCCCUCCUCUUCCCUCCCCAGGGACACCGGCCUGAUCCUGGACGCGGUCAAGCGCAGCGAAUUCCUCCGGUGCCUGGGGAGGGAAGAGCCAGCCGCUGGUGGAGAGCUUUGUGCCUGA